UGUUAAAGACACGUGGUUGGCACAAAUAUCUGUCAGGACGCAGAGGAGAGGCGGAGGAGGAGAGAGUCGAGAGGAGACUGAGGAGGGAGACGCGCUCUAACCUCACUCGGAUAUUUGGAUGCUGAGCUGCGUGCAUCUUCUCGCUGAGCGGAUUUAUGCCUUUUCUCUUUUCUUCCUCAUCUGCUCCCUCUUUUCUCCAAAGGAAGACGAGACUUGCGCGCAGGAUGUGGAUCAUCCGUGGAGGGGAAAGGAACCAAUAUUUGCUAAAGUCAUGAUGGAAUGCUGCUUAGGUGAAUUUGUUUGUCUUUUAUUUGUUUAAGUCGAGCCAAACUCAGCUAUAAAAGAUGGAUUUCCUCAACAUGUCCGAUGUGGAAGAAGGACUGCAGACUGAGAAUAUCUCUUGUAACGCCACAUCCGCGAGUCAGUACUCUCCGCUGGCUAUCUGGGGCUUGGCAGGACUUGUCAGCUUCCUCAUACUAUUUACUAUCUUCGGGAAUGUCUUGGUGGUCAUCGCAGUGUUGACCAGCAGAGCUUUAAAGCCACCCCAGAAUCUGUUCCUGGUGUCUUUAGCCAGUGCCGAUAUACUCGUAGCCGCCCUGGUCAUGCCCUUUUCUCUCGCCAAUGAGCUCAUGGGCUAUUGGUUCUUCGGCAAAAUCUGGUGUGACAUCUACCUGGCGCUGGAUGUGUUGUUCUGCACUUCAUCAAUCGUACAUCUGUGUGCGAUUAGUCUGGACAGGUACUGGUCAGUGACACAGGCGGUGGAGUACAAUCUGAAGAGGACCCCAAAAAGAGUGAAGGGGAUGAUUGUGGUGGUGUGGUUGAUCUCAGCAGUCGUCUCCUUCCCUCCUCUGAUAUCCAUGGACAGGAACAGCAGUGAGACCAACCCACAGUGCAUCAUCAACGACGAGACCUGGUACAUCCUCUACUCCAGCGUCGGAUCUUUCUUCUCGCCCUGUGUCAUCAUGAUCCUGGUCUACAUUCGGAUUUACCAAGUUGCGAAGACCAGAACGAGGACGAUGUCAGAGAAGAAGAGGGAUUUAGAGAACGGCAUGGACCCCGAUGAAGCAGGAAAAGCCGGGUCUGUGAGGUCAAACAGAAGCGGCAAAGAGCAAGAUCAGGAAAAUGGCCACUGCAAAGAGCAUGCCGUCCGCUCCCCGUUAUCCAAAGAGCACAAGCAACCAUCCACAGACCACAACGACGACUACGACGACAGCAGCUCCUCAGACGAAAAACCAAAAAAAGGCUCCUCAAAACACAAACAAGACGACAAAAGAGAAAGAAAGUCCAGUCGCAAAAGCAGUUCCGUCUCCAAAUUUUCCAGCAGGAAGUCAUGCUCCAGCUCCAAGUCCCUGGAGCUCUUUUCCUCCCGCCGAAAGCGUCGUAGCACCGUCAACCGCAAAAAAGUCUCAGCUGCCCGAGAAAAGCGCUUCACCUUCGUCCUGGCCGUCGUCAUGGGCGUGUUCGUCGUGUGCUGGUUCCCGUUCUUCUUUUCUUACAGCCUCUACGGAGUUUGCCGCAAGGCUUGCCAGAUCCCAGAGACUUUGUUCAAGUUCUUUUUCUGGAUUGGUUACUGCAACAGCUCGCUGAACCCCGUCAUUUACACCAUCUUCAACCAGGACUUCCGCAGAGCCUUCCAGAAGAUCCUCUGUAAGUCAUGGAAGCGCUCGUGGUGAGGGACGCUGAGUGACAGUUCUCCUUGUGGAUAUGUAGUCAAAGUUUCCUGAGCUGCUGGAUAAGCUGCCGGCCUACGGUGCUCUCCCACCUUUCAUGUAAAAGGCUGCACUUUGGAUGAUCACCUGAUCAAAGGCGUUUCAGAACAGCGCUGGAAAGGGGCUUAAAAUAAUGUGCUGCGAUCCCAUUCACGGUGGAAGAUUUGAUUGAUCCAUGGGCUCCUGUAGAACCAGCAGCUUCAGCUCUUCCAGGAUUCGAUUUCUAAACCUCCAUUUAAAGGAUUGCAAGCAGACUGCACGCAGGCUGCAGCUACAUCUCCACCACAAACGGACUUGUUCAGCGACUUCACGUGACCUCAUCGCUUGGAUUCUUGACCACACACACGUGGUCGAGCACCAUCUUCUCUGUCCUUCUCUGACGCCGUCGUGAACACAAGGACCAAUGGGACGAAGGGGCUUUUUGCUUACUGCUUCAGUAGCAAACCUGUUUCACUCUUAAAAAACAAAAAGAAAGUAAGGAAAAUCAACACUGUACAGCUGUAUUUUUAAAGACAUUGGGAUCGUGAAGAGUAUGAUGUGUGGCACAUGUGGUUUAAAUGUGGGGGCAUUUGUGUGAUACCGUGGCAUCAUGGGUUGUUUUGUCCUGCAGGCAUGUUUUUGCACUUUUUGCCCCCCUGUGUGAAAAUAGAUGAAAAACAGAAGCAUUGCUGUGGCAGAUGGGCACCCACAGAGGCUUUCCCUGCGUGUGCGAGUCUUAUGUGUGUGUGUGUGUGUGUGUGUGUGUGUGUCGGGCCAGUGUGUGUGUGUGCACUUGAAAGACAUCACAAAUUGCAUUGCAAGUGGAACUUAUGAUUAAUGGAGCUGCAUAAUUAGAUGACUAGUAUACCAACUUGUAGGCUGUGUGUGUGUGUGUGUGUGUGUGUGUGUGUGUGUGCGCGGCGGGGGGUGGGGGUGCGUGUGUGUAUUUGAAUACAUGUGUGCUGCUCAGUCUUGGCACGCUGCGCACCUUUUUCUUCUACACAUCUCUCCUUGUACGACAAAACAGCCGCAGACCCAGAAUUCCACAGGAGAAACCAAACACAUCUAAUAUGACACACACUGAAAUAACCUCAUAAAAAAAGAAAAGAAAAAAAGAUAUUUUCAUAUCUGCAUUUGUUGCCCAACGGGCUGACGCUUUGGUCCUUUCUUGUAUAUAAGUGGAAUCUAUUGAGCGUUUUGUGUGGUGCUUCAUUUACACCUAUAAAUAGUCUGUUUAAUCCAAGACGGGACGUUUAUGGCACUGCCCUCGGAUUCCUGUCUCAACUCUCGCCUUUAAAGAAAGUGUUUAUUUCUGUACUGUGAGCACAUUUGCCAAGAACAAAUAAAGAGAUUAU